UUAAGGCAAAGAAUACAAUCAAUCCUUCUCUCUUUUUCUCAAUUAUCUCGAAAACUAAAUCCUGUCUUCUUCAUCUUACAAAUGAGCCUUAACCAAUACUGAACAAUGUCACUGCUUUACCGCAAUCUUUCACACAUUAUUACACUACUUUAUCAUCUCUGUUUCAUCUGUUGUCUCUUCAACAACGUGGUAAUUACAUUCUCCACAACUGAAUUCGACUUCGGAACUUUAACUUUAAGUAGCUUAAAGCUUCUUGGCGAUGCCCACUUGAAUAAUGGCAGCGUCAGACUCACUCGGGACCUCCCCGUUCCCUACUCUGGCACCGGAAAAGUCUUUUAUUCACAACCCGUCAGAUUCCGGGAAGCGGGUACCCACUCUCCGGCGAGUUUUUCUACCUUCUUUUCGUUCUCGAUCUCGAACCUUAACCCGUCUUCGAUAGGCGCCGGGCUUGCAUUCGUGAUAUCGCCGGACGAUGACACGCUGGGCUCGGCUGGCGGCUCGCUUGGGCUUCUCGAUGACAGGGGACUCGCCAUGGGGUUCGUGGCUGUGGAGUUUGACACUUUGAUGGAUGUUGAAUUUAAAGACAUUAACGGAAACCAUGUGGGUUUAGAUCUGAACAGUAUGGUUUCGACUCAGGUUGGUGAUUUAAGUGCUGUAAAUAUCGAUCUUAAAAGCGGUGAUCUUGUGAAUUCUUGGAUUGAAUAUGACGGGUUGACUCGGGUUUUUAAUAUUUCGGUUUCGUAUUCGAAUUUGAAGCCCAAGGUCCCGAUUUUAUCCUUCAGUCUUGAUCUGGAUCAGUACGUAAAUGAUGUUAUGUACGUUGGGUUUUCUGGGUCUACUCAAGGAAGCACAGAGAUUCACAGUAUUGAUUGGUGGAGUUUUAGCUCUUCGUUUGAGUCAAAUUCUGGUUCCGGGUCAACUUCUUCACCGCCGCCUCCAACGACUAAUUUGAUGAAUCCAACGGCUAAUUCGGUGAAGUCUCCACCGCCGUCAUUGGCUCCUUCGGGCUCUGAUUCUAUUGCAAGUACUACAGAGAAGAGUAGUAAGUCUUCAUCUUGUCAUAACCAGCUCUGCAAGCAAGGUCCAGGGGCGGUGGCAGGGGUUGUUACGGCUAGUGCUUUCUUUUUAGCCAUUUUCGCCGGUAUCCUUGUGUGGUUUUUCUCUAAGAGAUAUAAAAAUGUGAAGAAAUCAGAGUCUUUUGCUUCGGAAGUUAUCAGAAUGCCUAAAGAAUUUAGUUACAGAGAGCUCAAAUCGGCCACAAAAUGCUUCAAUGUCAAUAGAAUCAUCGGCCAUGGCGCAUUUGGAACCGUAUAUAAAGGCAUUUUGCCAGAGAAUGGCGACAUUGUUGCGGUGAAAAGAUGUAGUCAUAACAGUCAAGGAAAGAACGAGUUCUUAUCAGAAUUGUCUAUAAUUGGGAGUCUUAGGCAUCGAAAUCUUGUUCGGCUUCAAGGCUGGUGCCAUGAGAAGGGUGAAAUUCUGUUAGUUUACGAUUUAAUGCCUAAUGGAAGUCUUGAUAAAGCUUUGUUUGAAGAAGCAAGAUCACCUCUGCCAUGGCCGCAUAGACGAAAAAUUCUACUCGGUGUGGCCUCUGCUCUGGCUUAUUUACAUCAAGAAUGUGAAAACCAGGUGAUUCAUAGAGAUAUUAAGACGAGCAAUAUAAUGUUAGAUGAAGGGUUCAACGCAAGAUUAGGAGACUUUGGCUUGGCGAGGCAAGUUGAGCAUGACAAGUCCCCUGAUGCAACAGUUGCAGCAGGAACAAUGGGGUACUUAGCCCCUGAAUAUCUUUUAACCGGACGGGCUACGGAGAAAACCGAUGUGUUCAGCUAUGGCGCGGUUGUUCUCGAGGUGGCCAGCGGAAGAAGACCGAUUGAGAAAGAUGUAAAUGCAGGGGUUGGCACCAAAGGUGGAGGAGUAUGCAGCAAUUUGGUUGAGUGGGUGUGGAGUUUACACAGCGAAGGGAGAUUGUUGACAGCAGCCGAUGCAAGGCUGGAGGCACACUUUGACGAGGACGAGAUGCGGCAGGUGCUUUUGGUCGGGCUAGCUUGUUCGCACCCUGACCCCUUUGCUAGACCCACCAUGAGAAAUGUGGUUCAGAUGCUGGAGGGUGAAAGUGAGGUCCCAAUUGUGCCCAGAACAAAACCUUCAAUGAGUUUCAGCACUACUCAUUUACUCUUAAGUUUGCAAGACAGUGUCUCCGACUGCAAUGGCAUGAUCACCAUCUCCACUUCCUCGUCAGAAAACGAUAUCAACGAUAUUGUUCAUAUCGUCUGAUCAAUCAUCAACAACAUCAUCAAAGGGUCAAAGAUUAAUCAAUCCAUAUACAUAUUCGUUUGUUCAAUUAUUAUGUAUGUAUCUAUGUAGAACACAAUAACAAUGUAAUGUAUGACUUAGGCUGCAAUUUUUUUUGUAUCAAUUAUGAGUUUUACACUACAAUUAUCCUCACAGCUGUUGAAGUGGAA